AUGCUCUACCCCAUCAUUGCUUCCUUGGGCCUGGGGAUUGCCGCUCUGGCAAACCCCUCGCCUCUCGUGGCCCGCGACAAGGCCCCACUAUAUCGCAAUGCCUCUGCCUGCGUUGACGACCGGGUUGAAGACCUCCUUUCUCGCAUGACUAUUGAAGAAAAGGCUGGUCAAAUGUUUCAGCAGAUGCUGCGAAUUGGAAAGAAUUACACCGUCGACCCUGGCGCCUAUGAAGAAAGCUCGCCACGGCGUUGGAAUGGUACCAAGGAAAUGGUCGUGGACAAGCACAUGACGCACUUCAAUCUCUUGGGCACGCUGGACGAUGCGCGUCUCGGCGCCGAGUGGUUCAAUCAAGUCCAGAAACUGGCUGUCGAGAAUGGUCUGGGAAUCCCAAUCACCCUGUCCACCGACCCAAGACACCACUUUGGGAUGACUGUCGGUGCGGCCCUAGCCCCAGGCAUCUUUUCUCAAUGGCCCGAGAGUCUGGGUUUGGCGGCUCUGCGUGACGCCGAGCUGGUCAAGAAUUUCGCCAACAUUGUUCGGGAAGAGUAUACUUCUGUGGGCAUCAGGUCGGCUCUGCACCCCCAGGCCGACCUCUCUACGGAGCCCCGGUGGGCUAGAAUCUUCAAUACUUGGGGAGAGAAUGCCUCUCUGACGGGAGAGAUGGUAUCUGCGUACAUCAAGGGCCUCCAAGGAGACGAAAUUGGACCCCGCUCCGUGACGACGGUCACCAAACAUUUCCCGGGCGGUGGCGCCGUUCAGGAUGGCGAGGACAGCCACUUUGAGCAUGGCCAGAAUGCGACAUACCCCGGCAACAAUCUCGAAUAUCAUCUGAUUCCUUUCAAGGCGGCGUUCAAGGCCGGGGCAAGGCAGAUUAUGCCGUACUAUUCUCGCCCGAUCGGUACCGAGUAUGAGUCGGUGGGGUUCGCAUUCAACAAGGCGAUUGUGACGGGCCUGCUCAAGGAUGAACUUGGCUUCGACGGAAUCGUGGUCACUGACUGGGGCCUCGUCACCGACACCAAUAUGGGAGAUAUCCCUUGGCCUGCUAGGGCUUGGGGCAUACGGGAUGCGAGCGAGGUGGAGCGCGUCUUCCGAAUCAUCGAAUCGGGCUGCGACCAGUUUGGCGGCGAGGAUCGGCCUGAAUUGGUCGUUGAAUUGGUCAAAUCCGGCCGUAUUGACGAGAAGAGAGUUGAUGAGUCGGUUCGGAAGUUGCUAAAGGAGAAAUUCCUCCUCGGUCUCUUUGAGAACCCCUACGCUGACCCCGACGAGGCAGAGCGCAUCGCGGGAAACGCCUACUUCCGCAAGCUGGGCGAGGAAACGCAGAGGAGGGCGUACACGCUCCUCAGUAACAAGAACGACGUGCUUCCACUCAAGCUCGACCGAGGCUGCAAGAUCUUCACAGAGGGCUUCAACGCCACGAAGCUCGAGAAGCGAGGGUACAAGCUUGCCAAAACCCCCGACGAGGCAGACUUUGCGCUCCUGCGGCUGGCCCCUCCCUUCGACCCCAGGAACGGCACAAUCGAGGGAAGGUUUGGUCACCGCGGGGGCAGCCUGGAGUACUUUGAUGAGGAAAAGAAGCGUCAAGCUGCCAUCUACGCCGCGGUCCCUACCGUCGUGGACAUUUACACGGACAGGCCGUUCGCAAUCCCUGAGGUGGUCGAUCAGACGCAGGCGGUCCUGGCGAGCUUCGGGUCUAGUGAUGACGCGUUCCUCGACGUGGUCUUUGGUGAUGCCUCCCCCGAGGGCAAGCUGCCGUUUGAUAUGGUGCGGUCGAAUGCGGCUGCCGAGGAGCAGAUGGAGGACGUGCCGUUUGACACUCGCGACCCGCUGUUCAAGUUUGGUCACGGGCUUCGGUACAAGUCUGCCUGUGAGGGAAGCAAGGGCCGCAGGUGUACUUAG